CGAGGCGGCGAGGCGGGAAGUGCUGCGCAGGCGCGGUUGGCCGGCUGGCUAGGUGGGCGCUCUUGGAAGCGGCAACCUAGGCUUCUGGGGAGCCACGGAAGUCGUAUUCCUUUAAACCGUGAGUUUCCGACGGUUUGUGCCAUGGCGCGGGCUCGUGAGGGAUUAGAAACGAGUUCUGGAUCGUGACUUCCAUUUUGUGGCAGCACAGUGUCCCCCCCCACCCGACUUCUCGGAUCCCUUUGACCUGCGGCGGGAAAGUCGUGCGCCUGCGCACUCAGCGUUCCGUGCGGUCUCGGGUGUGCGGGCACCGGGUCUCCCCCCGCGCAGCUCGCGACCCGCGCUCCCGGAAGGAUCCCAUUCAUGCCCGCUUCUCCGCCGGGCGCUCGCGAGCAAGGUCGUGUCAGUUCUCCACCAACUUGCGUGGGGCCUUGGACAGACCCCCGGCGCCCCCUCUCAGUAGUCGGGCGCUCUCCUCUGCCAGCCUCUCCCUCGGCUCGAACCGCUGUCCCCACUAAGGCUUCCCCGACCCCGGUCGCAGCCUCUGCAGCCCCCGGCGCCCCCGUCCCACCGUCGCCGGGCGGUUUUCCCUUCGGCCCCCUGCUGUUUUUUUCUGCGAUGUGAAAGUAAAGCCAAUGGAAUCCUUAGAAAUGGCUCAAGUUUCCCCUUCCUUGGGGAAUUUUGACCUACGAAUUCUGAUUUUCACAGCUGCUUUGCUCCCCCCGUGGACAUGACCCUUUAGCUGGCAUUUUGCACCCCACUUGCUUUGUGAUGGAGGCGUCUCUGGGGAUUCAGAUGGAUGAACCAAUGGCUUUUUCUCCUCUGCAUGGCCGCUUUCAGGCGGAUGGCUCAUUAAAAAAACAUGAGCAGAAUUUUAAACUACCAGGUGUUAAAAAAGAUAUUGAGAAGCUUUAUGAAGCGGUACCACAGCUUGGUAAUGUUUUUAAGAUUAAGGACAAAAUUGGAGAAGGCACUUUCAGCUCUGUUUAUUUGGCCACAGCACAGUUGCAAGUGGGACCAGAAGAAAAAAUUGCUCUAAAACACUUAAUUCCAACAAGUCAUCCUGUAAGAAUUGCAGCUGAACUUCAGUGCCUGACAGUGGCGGGGGGGCAAGACAACGUCAUGGGAGUUAAAUACUGUUUUAGGAAAAAUGAUCACGUGGUUAUUGCUAUGCCCUAUCUGGAGCAUGAGUCCUUUUUGGACAUUUUGAAUUCUCUUUCUUUUCAAGAAGUACGGGAAUAUAUGUUUAAUCUGUUCAGAGCUUUGAAACGCAUUCAUCAGUUUGGGAUUGUUCACCGUGACGUUAAGCCCAGCAAUUUUUUAUAUAAUAGGCGCCUGAAAAAGUAUGCCUUGGUAGACUUUGGUUUGGCCCAAGGAACCCAUGAUACGAAAAUAGAGCUUCUCAAAUUUGUCCAGUCUGAAGCUCAGCAGGAAAGCUGUUCACAAAAUAAAUCCUAUGUAGUCACCGGAAACAAAAUUUCACUGAGUGGCCCAGCAGCACCUAAGGAGCUGGAUCCGCAGCCUGUCUCAAAAACCUCUGUCAAAAGGCCCUACACACAUGCGCAGAUUCAGAUUAAACAAGGAAAAGAUGGAAAGGAAGGAUCUGUAGGCCUUUCUGUCCAGCGCUCUGUUUUUGGAGAAAGAAAUUUCAAUAUACACAGCUCCGUGUCACAUGAGAGCCCUGCAGCGAAACUUAUGAAGCAGUCGAAGACUGUGGAUUUACUAUCUAGAAAAUUAGCAACAAAAAAGAAGGCUAUUUCUACAAAAGUUGUGAAUAGUGGUGUGAUGAGGAAAACUGCCAGUUCUUGCCCAGCCAGCCUGACCUGUGACUGUUACGCAACAGAUAAAGUUUGCAGUAUUUGCCUUUCAAGGCGGCAGCAAGUGGCACCUCGGGCAGGUACACCAGGCUUCAGAGCACCAGAGGUCUUGACCAAGUGCCCCAAUCAGACCACAGCAAUUGACAUGUGGUCUGCAGGUGUCAUAUUCCUCUCUCUGCUUAGUGGACGGUAUCCAUUUUAUAAAGCAAGUGAUGAUUUAACUGCCCUGGCUCAGAUUAUGACCAUUCGUGGAUCCAGGGAAACUAUCCAGGCUGCUAAAACUUUUGGCAAAUCAAUAUUAUGUAGCAAAGAAGUCCCAGCACAAGACUUGAGGAAACUCUGUGAGAAGCUCAGGGGUGUAAAUUCCAGCACUCCCAGAUUAGCAGGUGACGUCCGAGAGCUCGCGUCUCAAGACCCCAGCUUUUCAGAGAAGCCUGACCGGAAAGCUGCAGACCUCCUACUCACACCUUCAGCACAAGCCUGGGGACCUUCAGUGUGCAAAGGGGGCGGGGACAGCUGUGGGGCUCAUUCUGAUGAGACUGCUGCUACCAGUGGAGGAGGCUGGGACGAGGUACCCGACGAAGCUUACGACCUGCUGGAUAAACUCCUGGAUCUAAACCCAGCAUCAAGAAUAACCGCAGAGGAGGCUUUGCUGCAUCCAUUUUUUAAAGAUAUGAGUUUAUGAUUAUGGUUCUUGAAUGUUUGCUCUUGUGUAUUGUGAGGUGAGGUGAAAAAGGUAUUUGUAAUAGCCUCAAAUUCUUGACCAGAGACCAGGGCGGGGUGAAUAAUUUAUUUAAAAAUCUUAGUAUUUGCUUUCCUGGAAGAUUCUAAAAUAUGGGUUAAGAUUACUUACGAUGCUAGAUCUGCCCAAGUAGCAUCAGCCCUUUAGUUUCCCUAAUUCCUUGUCACUGCCACGUGCAGAAAUAGGAGAGUUUUAGCCUAGUACAUAGGGAUCGAAGGUCCGAGUCUGAAAAUUAAGGGUUGUGAUAGGGAUCAAAUAGGAGUCGAAAUUCUGAAUGUCCUGGUCUCUCUGGGCCGUAUGUACUUCUGGAAAACGCACCCUGGUGCUGGUCCUCUCAGCUCUGUAGGCGAAGAAGAUUUCCAUGUGUUACACCUUUUAUGAACACUAAGAAGCAUUGGGGUGGUGUGACUUACCGCUGAAGCUAAUUUAUUUUAAAAACAUUUCUGUGAGAGCA